AUGAGCUCUUUUCACAAAGAUAAAAACAUAUCUCGGAUCAUUGAGGGUCUCUCGUAUCACGCAACCGAACAUGACAAAGAUAUGUUCGGAGGAGGCGUCGAAUCCCUGAAUUUACCCCCAUCGCCAGUAUAUCAGCAAAUACACAAGCAAUCUAUACUAUCCAGACCUUCCUCGGUGGGAGCCCUCGACAUAUUACCACUUGAGACUCAACAUGAAGUAUGCCAACAUUUAGAUAUCGACAGUCUUGGCAUGCUCCGACUUACAAGCUACGCGGGAAGAGAAAUCGUCGACUCCGUUGACAGCUACGUGCAUAUCAGAGCGGAUGCCGAACUUUUUCUAAGGACACUCGAAAGCAAGGAUUUAUGCCAUGUCAAUACACUAGGAGAAUUAUCUCAAGCCUUGUCAUCACGGUCUUGCGAUGCGUGUGGAACUUUUGCUCACUACUUCUUUCCCUUGACCGGUAGUCGGUGCUGCUUUUUCUGCUUGGCUACCAAUAUGGAGUUUGCUUUCAUACGCAAACUUGAGGCCUGGCAGUGGUUCGGUCCAGCUUCUACCAAGGGCUUGCCGUCUAUCUUUAUCAAGGAGCGCAGUUUGAGCGGACCGGGGGGGUGGAAGGAUCGGGUGGAGGUGAUCGAAUACUUUAGCGCUAAAGAGGUUAUGGAGAUCUGUCGCGAGAAAUAUGGAAGAAGCCAAUAUUACGAACCUCCCAAUACACCUUCAGGAGAAACUCGGGAGCAGCAGUUUUGGGUGCCUGAUGAACGUCGUCGUUGUAUCACUUAUGCGGCAACUGUCCAAAUUCCCUUGGUAUCAAAAGAGCCUGGACAACCUAAUCGAAGCGUUUAUUCUGGAGGAUACUAUUGUAGUGGAUGCACUCGGUGGCCGGAUGAUGAUUCACGUGGUCUUUGGUUUGGGAGCGUGAGUCUUUCCUUUACGGCUUAUAGCUACGAGGAAGGUUCAGAGACUACACGGAGAUGGGUAAGCACACCCUUCGGAAAAAUGAUAGGGCCUUCGGUUUACACAGUAGGUGAACUUUUAGAACAUUUGACGACUUGUGAAAGAGUUGCAGAGGAUCAAAAGAAGUGCCCCGCCUGGUUGAAAAACGGUGCUGAAAAUGAUAUCAAGCACAUCCUGAGCACUUCCGUUAAUCUGGAUUUUGUUGAGAAUAUUACUUUUAUUUGA